CGCAGUAUUGAAUCAUGGAAAACGUAUACAGUAUAAGACGCGAAUAGAAGCAUAGUUUAAAACAAAUAAUCGUGAUCGUUCGAUAUAUGGUACAUAUAUCUUACAUAACAUAACCUAACUUUGGAUUUGUAACCUUACUACGAAAUGACAAGUCGUGUAAAAGUUUUAUUAACAUUUGUUCGUGGUCAUCGACAAUAUACGAAAGCGUGGCUCAAGGAUGUCGUUAGAUAUGGAAAUGUCAAGUUUCAUCCAAGUACAAAGGAUCACGUAGAUCCUCCAAUUACUCCGGCGAAGGUUUUAAUGGUUAAAAGAGUAAAACCUUUCAAAGGUAAUCCUUAUUGGGAAAAAGAUACGCUGAAAAAAUUAGGAUUCGAGGAAGACUCAAACGAUUUUGUAUUCGUAAAAAAUACACCAGAUAUGUGUGCCAUGCUUUGGAGAGUGAAGCACUUAGUAAAAAUUGAUCCGGUAAUAUUACCUAAAAAUCUACCAAGUACAGUGGAUGACCUUACGGAAUUUUUUGUCCACGACAGUGGAAAAGUUGACGUUACUGGAAAAGUUGAUCCUGCGCGUUAUCAAGCAACCAUGGAUGCUAGGACUUCUGUCAAAAGAUUGAACAGCGAGACAGUUCAAGAACAGCUUAGACUCAUGUGGUUAAAAGGAAAUCUUAUAUAACGGAAUAAAUAUUAAUGAUACCAGUGUAAG